GUCUCUCUCGUUCAGUCUCUCUUUCAAUCUCCGUUCGGCCAGAGGCUCCUGGACGGGAGGCAGGUGUGGACGGAGCGCUCCAGACCCGCUUCUGGCGCUGGCUCUGCCCCCGAUGGGCCCCUUGGGGCGACCCCCAGGACCCUUCCUCUUCCUCCUCCUGAUGCUGAUGCUAAGGCUGGCAUCGGCAUCAAUGGCAGGAGAGGAAGGGGCAGGAGGUGCCUUUGGAGACGCUCCACGGCGGAGCCGGAGAGGGGUCCUUCAGUUGGCAGGUGCCAUCUUCUGCGCCACGGGCCGGACCCCACUAGCUUACCUGCGCUACGGGUGCUACUGUGGCCUGGGAGGAAGCGGAUGGCCCAGGGACAAAGUGGACUGGUGCUGCUUCCGCCACGACUGCUGCUACGCCAAAGCGGAGAAGGAAGGCUGCGGCCCCAAAACGGGCAGCUACACCUGGGAGUGCCAGGACAACAAGGCCAAGUGCGAAGACACAGACAAGACAGAGGACAAGUGCCAGAAAAUGGCUUGCGAAUGCGACCAAGAAGCGGCUCAGUGCUUGGCCAAAGCCCCCUACAACUCUAAGUACGUCUUUUGGCCAGUGACGCUCUGUGGGACCCACAACCCCGAAUGCGAAGAUGAUUAGGAUGGACGGCGGUGGCAGGGAAGGCGGGCGGGCAGAAGUACCUUUUGCAGAUAUGAGACAUUGGGAGAAAGAGAGAAGGGACACUCUCCCAGGGAGACCACACAUCUCUCUGGGACAAGAUGGGGAGCUGCAUAGAUGUUUCUGCCCAACCUCAGCUCCUGGUGAAGUCCAGUUGUUCUUUAAAAAGAGGGGAUUUCAAGGGCCUUCUUCCUGCCAACAGAGAGGUCUGGCCCCUCUAGCCAAGCCACAACCUCCACGCUUCCAUCCUCGAUGUCUCCCAUUUCAAUAUUAGCAAGUGAGCCCUCCUCCUCCUCCUCCUCAGGCUUUCUCCACGAAGGGCUGCUUUGGGGCUAUUUGCCAUCAAGUCAACUUUGUCUUAUGGUGACCCUCCGAAUGACCCUCCGACCCGGCUGUCCAGAACCCUAGCUCAGGCCUUACAAAAUCAGGGCAGGAGCCAUUGUGGCUUCCUUGGUGGAAGCAAUCCUCCUGGAAGGCAGCCUUCCUCUCCUCCUCCCGCUUUCCUCUUUCCCCAGCAUCAUCCUCUUUUCCAAAGUCACACCGUGUUGUGAUAUAUGCAAAGUGCAAUAACCUCACCUUGUUGUUAUUUGUUGGCAAGCAGACUGACUCAUAGCAAGCCUCCAAAUGGAAGACUCCAAGGGUCCCCAGCCCUGUUCAGGUCUUCCAAAGCCAGCCUCCAUGGCUUUCUCAAUCCACUGCC